AUGAAGGUCUGUCUCACUCUGACCUGCCUCCUCUUCCUCACAGCUCUGCAGGACGGAGACGCUCAGAGACGCUUUAGAGGAAAGGAAGGAGAAAACAUCACAGUUGGAUGUAAAUUUUAUUUCUCUGGAAACGAGACGUUCUUCUGUAAGGGAAUAUGUGAAGGAACAAAUAUUCUGGUUCAAACAUCCAGUGACACAGCUCAGAAAGGCAGAUACAGCACCAGCUUUAAAACAUUUAACACCAGAACAUAUGUUCUGGAUGUGAGCAUAAAGGAGCUGAAAGGUUCUGACGCAGGACGGUACCGAUGUGGUGUGGACAAUCCUGGUGUGCGAUUCGAUGAAUUUGACCUCAUUGUGACUGAAGCUACAACUUCAGAACCAAACUGGACCCUGAAGACUUUUCCAUUGACAUUAGUGACAUCACCUUCUGUAACAACAGCAGAAACAAUGAACAAAGGUCUGCAGCUUUAUCUGAUUCUGUCUCUGGUCGCCAAGAUCAUCUUUUUAUCGACACCUUUGAUGAUUUCCUGUUGGAAGAGGAGAACCACGAAAAGCAAAGGUGAGAAAAUAAACGAUGAGUUUUCUGUAAAUCAGACGUUUCAUUUCUCUGAUCUGAAUGUUUUUCAGAUUCUGCUGGGGAGACUGGGAACGCUGAUAAAAUAUUUACAAUUUAUUCCUGAACAAUCAGAGCUCAAAGUACAGAUGAAGAACGAUCAACCCAGAGAGAGAGGAAAACCCAGAGGACAGACAGAACAAUUAAUCUGCUGAUGAAAUAAUUUCUGUUUAUUCCUGAAUUAAUCUCAAAAAAACAUUUAGUCUCAUAUUUUCACUAGAAAAUAACUGAAUGUCAAAGAUACAGGAACGUUUUCUACACAUUAUAAAGGAGUUUUGCCACUUGGCUAAAAAAUGUUUCUUCAUUGAAUGUUACAGAAGAUGUUUGAAAGAUAAUCUAAUUACCGUGUUGUAAAGAUGUUUUUUUA